AUGGAGCACCAGCAACCAGCCUGUGACCAAGUGUUUCUAUCUCUGGCAUAUGGUCCCACUUGGAAUCUCCAAUCCCAGCAGAUUCCUGCAGUGUGCUCCUGCACUGCCCCUCCUGGUGGAGAAGGGAGAGGGGUCUCCCUGUAUCUGCCACUUGUGGGGUCCCUUCUUGAAGAGUGGUCUGAAGGUGCCUCAUAUAAUGGUUUAAGAGUAGCUUCCAGCUUCCUAAAUUCUGACAAGAACCGCAUAGGGAGCAGUUACAAGAAAACCAUUUACAAGGAAUACAGAGAUGGCACAUACAUGGAUGAAAUGGUCCAGCCAGCUUGGUUGGGUUUCUUGGGACCAGUGUUGCAGGCUGAGGUGGGAGAUGUCAUCCUUAUCCACCUGAAGAAUUUUGCCUCUCGCCCCUACACCAUACACCCCCAUGGCGUUUUCUAUGAAAAGGACUCAGAAGGCUCUUUAUACCCAGAUGGCUCCUCUGGUCGGUUAAAAGCUGAUGACUCUGUUCCUCCGGGAGGCAGUCACAUUUACAACUGGACCAUCCCAGAAGGACAUGCACCCACUGAUGCUGACCCAGCAUGCCUCACCUGGAUCUACCAUUCUCAUGUAGAUGCUCCACGAGACAUUGCAACUGGCCUCAUUGGACCCCUUAUCACAUGUAAAAGAGGUACUCUAGAUGAGAAUUCCCCUCGACAGCGGAAGGAUGUGGAUAAUGAUUUCUUCCUGUUCUUCAGUGUGGUAGAUGAGAACCUUAGCUGGCAUAUUGAUGAGAACAUUGUCACUUACUGCUCAGAUCCUACCUCAGUAGACAAAGAAGAUGCAGCCUUUCAGGAAAGCAAUAGGAUGCACGCAAUCAAUGGCUUUGUCUUUGGGAACUUACCAGAUCUAAGCAUGUGUACACAGAAGCGUGUGGCAUGGCACUUAUUUGGCAUGGGCAAUGAAGUAGAUGUCCACACAGCUUUCUUUCAUGGGCAGAUACUGACCAUCCGGGGCCACCGCACUGAUGUGGCUCACAUCUUUCCAGCCACCUUUGUGACUGCUGAGAUGGUGCCUCAGGAACCUGGCACAUGGUUGAUUAGCUGUCAAGUGAACAGUCACUUGCAAGAUGGCAUGCAAGCACUCUACAAGGUCAAAUCUUGCUCCACGACCUCUCCUAUGAACCAACUCACAGGCAAAGUUCGGCAGUACUUCAUUGAGGCCCAUGAGAUUCUAUGGAACUAUGGCCCAAUGGGGCAUGAUGGGAGUACUGGGAAGAAUUUGAGGGAACCGGGCAGUGGCUCAGAUAAAUUCUUCCAGAAGAGUUCCAGUCGGAUUGGGGGCACUUACUGGAAAGUCCGAUAUGAAGCCUUCCAAGAUGAGACAUUUCAGGAAAAGGUGGAGCUGGAGGAAAAUAAGCAUCUUGGAAUCCUGGGGCCAGUGAUCCGGGCUGAGGUUGGUGACACCAUCCAGGUGGUCUUUUACAACCGUGCUUCCCAGCCAUUCAGUAUACAGCCUCAUGGAGUCUUCUAUGAGAAAGACUACGAGGGAACUGUGUACAAUGAUGGUGAGCAAGCAGGGUUUCCAACUAAUGUGAGCUGCAGGUAAUAACAGAUAGCUCUAGAGGAAAAAUAAAUAAGGGAGGGAAUGAAGAAGG